UGAAUUAGGACAAUUGUUUGGUAUUAAAACAGUUUUCUGCAGUCAAAUUACCAAAUCGCCCUCUACAUUUACCACUCUCACUCAAUGUCGCCCUCGUUUCCUUCCUGACAAUGUUUUUCUGCUGCAGAAAAAACAUUGGCAGGGAACGAAGGAAAUGAGUGAGCAACAGGGGGGCUCAGGGUAGCAUAGAAUCAGAGAGUAUAUAAAAGGUAACUUAUUCAGUGGUUCUGAGAUGAUGACAUAUGGUCUGAAAUUUUGUCUUUGGGCUGUCUAUUGUCAGAAGGAUUUAGCCUUGGCCAAUGAGAGAGGAGUAGGAGUGUGGAAAUCACAGAACCCUAUAGAAGGCAGUGAAGACACAUCAAGCACUCCUGUGAGGAUGGCAGCCAAUUUCUCUCUCCUGGAAGAGGACCUGUCAUGUAGAGUGUGCUAUCAGAUAUUCAGGGAGCCAGUGAUCCUGCUCUGCAGCCACAGCUUCUGCAAGGCCUGUCUGGAGGAAAGCUGGAGUAAACAGGAGACGCAGGACUGCCCAGUCUGCAGAAGGUCCUCCAGAGACCAGUCGCCUCCCAACCUGGCCCUGAGGCAUGUCUGUGAGACUCUACUGAGGGAGAGGGAGAUUAAGGACACUCCUGGGCCCACCGAGGAGGCGGCAGAGGGGCCCUCACAGGGUGAAAACACCAGCCACAGGGGGUUACAGGGUGCGUGUGGUUUACACUCCCAGAGGCUCCAGCUCUUCUGCCUUGAGGAUGAAUGUCUGGUGUGUGUGGAGUGUGUGUCGGAGCAUGCAGACCACAGCUUCUGCUCUCUCGUGAAGGCAGCAGGCCAGAGGAGGGAGGGGCUCAGACCCACACUGAAGGCCUUGGAGGAGAAAAUGUCUGCCUUCUGCAAAGCCAAGCUAAACUGUGACAAAAUGGCUGCUCACAUCAGGGCGCAGGCCCAGCUAGCAGAGAAGCAGAUAAUGAAAGAGUUUGAGAAGCUACACUGCUUCCUGAGAGAAGAGGAGGUGGAGAGGCUAGCUGUGCUGAAGGAGGAAGAGGAGGAGAAGAAUAAAAGGAUAAAGGAGAGAGUGAAGGAGAUAAGUGAGAUGAUAUCCUCUCUGUCGGACACAAUCAGGGCUGUGGAGGAGAACCUGGCAGUGGAUGAUUUGUUGUUUCUGCAGAGCUACAAGACUAUAAUGGAGAGAGCACAGAGUGCGCCUCAGGACCCACAGCUGGACUCAGGAGCACUGAUCAACUUGGCCAAACACCUGGGCAAUCUCAAGUUCCAGGUCUGGGAGAAGAUGCAGGGGGCAGUGAAAUACAUGCCUGUAGUUCUAGAACCAAACACUGCACAUCCCUAUCUCUAUCCAUCUGAAGAUCUGACCAGCCUACGAUCUGAAGAUAAAGGACAGAGUCUCCCAGACAACCCAGAGAGGUUUGAUUCAUACCGUGACAUCCUGGGUUCAGAGGGGUUCACUUCAGGGACACACUUCUGGGAUGUGGAAGUCGGAGAAAAUGAUGACUGGAGGGUAGGGGUGGCCAGUGAGUCUGUUAGUAGGAAACAUGGGUUAAUUGAAGAAGAAUGUGGCAUAUGGGCUGUUGGGGUAGCUAAUGGUGAACCUUAUAAAAUGAAGAAGAAGACCCAGAGGAUCAGAGUUUUGCUGAAGUGGGACAAACAGGAGGUGUCCUUCAUUGAUCUUAGUUCAUAUACACAAACCCUCAGAACAUUUAAUCACAAAUUUACAGAGAAGAUGUAUCCAUACUUUUAUUUGUUAAAUGGUCAACCACUACAGAUCCUUCCAGGGAAAGUCUCUGUAAACGUGGGAAACCAUGUGGAAAACCAUGAUAUGGAAUUGUUUUAAAGUGGCUAUACCAUGGAUCAUUUAGCUACUUGAUUUAGAAUUUUAGGAUUAUUUGAUAAAAUAUUGAGUUUGGUCUUUACUGCUAUAGCAGUCUAAGAAAACUCAGGAAAUAUGUAUAUAUUUUUUACACAUUUAAAUCAUUUUUUUGUUGGCAGAAAACUACUUCCACACUUCCAUAAUUCUUUACAACCGGUACUGGCUUACUUUCAGACGAGUCCAGUGACACUUGUAGGGGUUGUAGAACAAAACAGAGAACGCCAUCGUGUCCGUGAGGGUCUCCCCUUUCCAUAUUAGUUUUUUGACAAAACCAUUCGGGUGCUACAGACGUUUGGUAACCUAACAGUGCAGUUCAAAGGCCAAAUCUUGACCAAGACAGCAGGGAAGAUUACAGGAAUGACACUUCCCUCCUCUCUCCAGGAUAUUUUAGAUGAGACCAGAAGAGAGACCAAAGUACAACGUAUAUUUUCUCCUGUUCUCAUCAAUGUUACUUUCCUUUGGUUUUGUGGCUUUUGAUGCUAAACAGAAUCUAUCCCAUUGUUAUUUAAAAAAUAUGUUUUGAGAAUUUCUGUGAUUGAACUAAAGUAGUGUCACAGCUGUCGUGGAAGAGAGAAUGGGACCAAGGCGCAGCGGGUUACGUGCUCAACAUAUUUAUUAAAUAAAAUGAGAACACCACGGAAAAACAAUAAACAAACUAACGACAGGAACAGAGCCGCAGGCUCAACAAAAGCAGUGCUCUCAAACAACUACCCACAAGUGACAAACAAAAACACACACCUAUUUAUAGGACUCCCAAUCAGAGGCAACUAGAAACACCUGCCUCCAAUUGAGAGUCCAGCACCCAACCUACACAUAUAAAACUAUCCUAGAACAUACACAUAGAAAUACAAACAUAGACCAGUGACCAAAAAACCCUGUAAUACGUAAAUAAACUACCCUCUGCCACGUCCUGACCAAACUACAAUAACAAAAUAUCCUCUAUACUGGUCAGGACGUGACAAGUAGAUUCAGGCCUGUUGUUCAUUUAGAAUUGUCAGAUUGACAAACUCCUUAUCAAUGUGCAAGACAGGACUUGUGUAAAAAGGUAAAUAUUGAAAAAAGGCUAGUAAAUUGAUUUCUCUCUUCUUCAAUAAAAGAGACAAUGGGAAAAUAUUUUCUGUUUUGGGUGGUUAACUUCCAGAAGAUGGAAUUCCAACCCUUCUAAAUGACCAUGCCUGGUGUUGUUGGAGCCAUGGGGAAUAUAGAGAUGAGGAUGACCAGACACGGAGAAUCUGCUUCGUCACGCAGUUCUGCCUCACCUUGUCUCAAUCUCUCCAUCCUGUCUCCUCUCCUUUCUUCACGGCCCAGUCGGCUUGAUCGCAUCAAUAGAAAUCCUAUUCAAACCCAUACCGGAGAAGAGCUGAAAAUCAAUGGUUUGCAUAUCACCUGAUUAGAUCUGUGUGUGUGUGUGCCGGCUUGUUGUGUGUGGGGCAUGGGGCCAGGGCCCCGCGGGCGGCAGCCCCUCUACAUGGGAAAUAGUAAUGAGAUUACCCCGGCCUCCAGGACCCCACACAGCAGACACAGUGAUCAGAUUAGGGAAAAGGACACUGAAACUUUUAGAAAGCUAUGACUUCAUCUCUGUCUGUCUGUCUGUCUGUCUGUCUGUCUGUCUGUCUGUCUGUCUGUCUGUCUGUCUGUCUGUCUGUCUGUCUGUCUGUCUGUCUGUCUGUCUGUCUGUCUGUCUGUCUGUCUGUCUGUCUGUCUGUCUGGAAUGAAGCUCUCUCUCAGUAGGCCUACUGUUUUUUCUUGAGCCUUUCGACCAGUUCUCUUUUUUCUCUCUGGCGACCGUGCCUCAGUGUUCCUGUCGCUAAGCAAGUGUGACCGCUUUGGGAAUCGUGGCGAAGCAGCUGUUGGGUGUGUGUAGAGGCUCUUGGCUGUCUGUGGAAGCCUGCGCUAGCUGAAGGUGUUGGCCAUGGGGGGAUUGAUCAUGUCACUUUGAUGGAUUAGGGAUCUCAUUGCUAGCUCCAACGAUUAGGUCACCAGCCCAGGAGACAGCAAACCACCUACCAGGAGAUAGCAAACCACCUACUGCGAAAUGCUGAUGCUAGACUUGUCCACCGAUUGUAAGUCACUGCAUCAAUGCCAAGCAGUGCUCCAGAUAGUCAGAUGGCCUCCGUGAAUAAUAGGCCAGAGUCCCCUUAGAGAGGAAGGAAGCAGAUAUCAUGGAAUCAGUGCAACACACCCACACACAGAAACACUUACUGUAAGCCCCCAGCCCAACUCUCUCACCACCAAGAAGUGCCCUCCCUCACCAUAAUGAGAUUCCUCUCUUCCCAUGAGCCCACCUUCAUUUGCUCAGUGGUGCAUUCUCUGGCUGUUAAACUGAAGGAUGGACUGUACAGGUUGUCUGGCUUUUAUCUUUUUCCAUGAUUCAACUUCAUCUCUCCUUUGAAAGGGAGAGGUACAGCAGUGUUUUUAGUAAUUAUUCCAUCUGAGACAAGCAGAUCUAACCAGCACAGGAGAGGAGGUAAAAUAGACUUAUCAUCUUAUGAGGGUCUUCCCAUACUUUCCUGGAGGCAUGGAGACAUUACUGUACCAAGAGAGAUGAUUGUAUUAAGGUUUAUGGGAUAUUACAGUAGAAGCUAUGGCAUCAGGUGGCCAUGCUCUCUUCAUACAGCCAAACGAUGCCAUGGUGACAUCCAUCUAUCCCACACCACUUUACAGCUGGAUUCACAUUACAUAAAUGUGAUUAAGUAGGGAAAACAGUUUGUUAUAUUACCGCUCCAUAAAUCACACAAUAUUGUUCUCCAUAAUAACCCAAUUUUAAUAAAGGGCCCAUUUCAUAAGUUGUAGCUUGUCUAUUUCGAUAUAGAGCUCUCUAUGUUAGAGAGGGACAUUUGUGCUUUUGCCGGUUUCAGCAUGUUCCUAAUGACAGACCCGGUCAGAUAUCUGGAAAUAUUAACUUGCUAUAUUAUAUUGUGCAAUGGCAUCAAAUUCAGACUGGACUGUAUGCCUGGCAGCAGCUUUAAGAACAUUAUCUCCUUCCUUCUCCCUGUCUCUUGCGGGGUCAUUUUCCUACAAUUAUUUGCACCAACAGCAUGUACUUUCAUGGAAUGUUGAUUUCUCUGUGAUACUGUAUGUAACCACACACUACAACCAGGUAACUAAUUUCAAAUGGUAACUCUAAUAAUGUAACUGUCUGUCACAAUGUAACUCUUUGUACAUUUUAUCCAACCUGUAUUCUGGAGAAAGUACAAUAUAUAGUAUGUAAGGACAUUUCACAUUGAUAUUCAUAUCUUAGUAGAGAAUAUUUUUUGUCAGCCUGUAGUUCCUGAGUUGGCAUUUCCAUAUCGACGCCUCAAUAAACAAAAACUAUAGCAGACAAACAACGCUGGAUAGGAAACAAUGGGAGGGUAUACGUUAGGUGUAAACUAAAAGAAGAGGACCUCCAGCUGUGGUAAAAGCCUGGGCCAUGUGAAGCAGAGGCAGCAGCAUCAUAAAGAUAAGAUGGGUGUUCUCUCUGCUUUCCAUUCUCUGGUGUCCUGCAGAGCCUUUUGUCUGCAUACAAACACAACAGUGGAUGGAUGCGUUUUAUAGCCUGUGUCAUGGAGAAAUACCCUCCUAUUCUCACUGAUUGCUGUCGCCGGCCGGGCAUGCUUAUCAUGCCAUUGUCAUUGUUUUAUUUGCGUAACGAAUGGAUCUGAUAAGACUGCUUCUGCCAAGGACCUGCACAUGCCAUGUGCAUAUGUUCAAUAGCAUGCUUUAGUAGUUCUGAAGAACAGCGGCUCAGGUGUAGAAAUGUACAGGGUUGGUGGUUAACACGACAAAGUCUCUUACAUUUUCAAGAUUGUGUGUUAGAAAACAAUACCGUGUUGACAUAUGCAUAGUAGUUGAUGAUAAUUUCAUAGGAAUGUUUCAGUAAAUGAAAUUAGAACUGUAAAUAAAUUUCAUACAUCUCCGUUCCAGAUCACUAGGCAAAUUAUUUAACUAUGUUCUGUAUACUGAGUGUCCGAAACAUUAAGAACACCUUCCUAAUAUUGAGUUUCACCCCCUUUUCCCUCAGAACAGCCUCAAUUCACCGAGCAUGGACUCAACAAGGUGAUGAAAGCAUUCCACAGGGAUGCUGGCCCAUGUUGACUCCAAUGCUUCCCACAGUUGUGUCAAGUUGGCUGGAUGUCC